UGUGCAUGUCUGCCCUGUAUGUCUCUAAGCUGCGCUGAACGUGCGCUCAUCAUGCUGGUUGCUGUGGUGCUGCAUUCAACACUGCAGGCGGCAGUGUGUGGAACAUACGCGGCUUGUGGUGGUUCGUUGGUGGCGGGGUCGGCCGCUUCCUCCCUGCGUCUACCCUGCGACACCUUUGCCCGCUUGUAGAAAGAGGAAGGGGCAAUGGUGCGUGUGCCGUGCCUUGCCUCCUUCCCACGCCCCUCUGCUCCACGCUCGUGUUCCUCGUCUUCCCAUUCUCGCCACACCAUCAUCCUCGUCAUCGCUCCUGGUCCGAGAAAAUAACGGGCAACAACCAAGAUGCAACGCUUGCUGCUGAUGAUGAUGUGGAUGGUGGUGCUGGUGGUGGCGAUGUGUGGUGGAUGGAGCGAAGGAAAGUACCCAAGCUGCAUGGGGAGAGGGUACUUCUACAACGACGACAUCUGCGUGUGCCACCCAGGGUACCACUCAAUUGGGCUGUGGUCGGACGUAUAUUCGAUGGGCAACAGCGGCGUGUCCCGGCACGGGUAUGCGCGCUCGUGCUGCCGUCACUGCUACUGCACACCACCCGGCUGGCCGGAGCUGAUGAGCACCGCGCACGUGGGCAAGCGCAACCACCACGCAGACGUGCGACCGCUCGCCAUCAGGGACGACAGAGAGGCUGUGCUGCAGGACAUGCACGUGCGACGCGCCGUUGCCGACGACGCCACCAGCAGCAACAGCAGAAGCCACAACAACAACGUUGAUCUGAACAUUGCCGUGUCACUGGGCGCCUUUGAUGAGCUUCAGCCUCGCUUCCCAAGCUGCGUUGUGCCGGGGUAUGACGCGGAGGCGCAGGUCACGGAAGAAGAGGGUGUGGCGCUGGCGCGGUCGUUUGUGGACGGGUGUGCAUCAAAGUGGGAGUGGGCGCGGCAGUUUCACAACCCCAUCAACCACCGCGCGGUUGUGCUUGCUGCAUGGGUGACUUUCCGACCAGACGGGCAGCGUAACCAUACCAUCAGCUGCCAUGACAUCGGCUACAUAGCCCAGUGGUACGAGAGCGUGAUGACGAUGGGCUUGCCGGCCAUCCUCUUCCACGAUUGCGCGUCUCCACGCCUUGUGGAUGCUCUCACGAACCAUCUCGUUAGGUUUGAGAAGGUGCAGCUUGACCCGAGCUCCGACAUCCACUUCAAGCAGUCGCCCAACGACGUGCGCUUUGUGCUCUUCAAGGAAUAUCUCGACCGCUCAGACGCCGUCUACGACUUUGUGCUCAUGACAGACCUCCACGACGUCAGGUUUCGGCGUGACCCGUUCUCUGCAAUGCGCGCGCGCCCGGAUAUCGAGAUCUUCAUCGGCGCAGACCGUUACGCCUACAAGAACAACCCGUUCACGUGGGAGGUGCUGGAGUGGUGCGCGGAGGCGUAUGGGCAGCUGCCCUAUGAACCAUGGUUCGGGGACGCCAUGACCCUCAACUGCGGUGUCGUUGGCGGCAAAUACGACGCUGUCCUCCGCCUGCUCACACACGUUGUCAAGCUGUACUCCGAGCGAGAGUUUGAAAAGCACAGCUGCCGCGAGCCGUGGCAACGCUACUGCGACAUGGCCAUGUUUGCCAUCGCCCUCAUGACCGGAUACGAGACACUGUAUGCCGAUCCAGCGACCACACCGCCAACGCACCUCUAUCGCUAUGACAGCGGGCCACCCUUCACCAGCUUCUUUGCAGAUGAGACACCCUCCCAGCCCUAUUAUGUCAUCCACAAGUAACGGAUUUGUCCGCGCGUACAUGUGUGUGCAUGUGCACGAGUGCAUAAUUGAUUGACUGAGCUCUCGUCAUGCUGUGGUAUCAGUUACUGCUGUACAUAUGCAUCCACUUGACUGAGUUUGUAGACACAGUUAGCAUGGUGAAGCAAUUGUUUAGAAGAGCAACUACCAGAGGUUUCAUUACACGAAAGUGCUCGAUAUACAGACGUGCUCACUUA